AAAUGGAACAACCACUGGAAUUGAUACUGUGUGCAGAUACCGUCCUGACCACAUGGGUCCUAGGCUAGACAGAGAGCAGCUGUACUGGGAGUUGAGCCAUCAUACCCAUGGUGUCACUCAGCUGGGCUUCUUCACCCUGGAUAAGGACAGCCUCUAUGUUAAUGGUUAUACACAUCAGACCCCAGUUACCAACCCCAGUGCUACUGUGACCUCCAUGCUCUUCCCAGGGACCUCGGUGGUACCAGCCCAUUUCUCCAGUUCAGUUGCUGGCUUUGCCCUGGUGCCCUUUACCCUCAACUUCACCAUCAUCAACCUGCACUUCACGGAGGACAUGUGUCCUGGCUCUGCAAAGUUCAACUCUAUAGAGUCAGUUAUACAACACCUGGUGAGAUCCCCCCUGCUACUUCUCUUUUCCAGCUUCCUCCCCACCCUCUUUGAGUCUCCUUGUACAAUUUUUUGGAGGAUAUAG